UUCGACGCAUCACAUAAAUUACUCACUCCCUAGAGCAUCCCACGUAACAGAUGAGGACUUCAAAUUUGUCAUGCUACAUGAUAAAAGCAGAUUGACCCUCAACGCACAUAUUUAUGGUGCGCGACCGUUCCGUGCACCCGAAAGCACACCAUAUGCCAUCCAACGGUCAAACUACGAUGACCAACCUGCUACACACCCAUAUAUACAACAAACAGAAAACAAUUGUACCAACCAUCCACCACAGACCGAAGAAAAUCAGGACAUGCAUCACGAGGCCCCUAGAUUUCCUAUCAAGCUUCCGGAGGAACUACCGGCCUACAUACUACAAAUUAUUGAAACACACAAAUCAAAAUGGGCACAUGAUAUAUCAAAAGCUACAUCGAGACUUUCUAAACUUCACGCCAAGCGCAUGGAAGAGUUUGCACAAGAUGUUUUAG